AUGUAUGAUGCACAACAAUUUCACCGAAGGUUUCGAAUGAGAAAGGAGUUAUUCCUUCACAUCGUCAAUGGCCUCGAAUAUCAUUCUCCAUAUAUCCAACAAGGAUUUGAUGCUCUUGGUAGAAAUUCUCUCUAUCCACUUCAAAAAUUCGUUUAUGCCAUUUGGUUAUUGGCUUAUGGAGUGGUUGGUGAUGCUGUAGAUGAAUACAUGCAAAUAGCUGAAAAUACGAGGCUAACAGUCGAUAACACCCGACAACUUCUUCAAAUCGAGGAAGCCUACAGAUCCCCUGGUAUGCUGGGUGGUAUCGAUUAUACGCAUUGGCAAUGGGAUAAAUGUCCCAUGACAUGGCAAGGUCAAUACACUGGAGGAUCUAACAAUGAUAUCAAUGUCUUGGAUCGAUCGUCGGUAUUUGAUGAGUUGCUUGAAGGUCAACGUCCUGAAAUUCAGUACACGAUAAAUGGAAGACAUUAUAAUAUAGGAUACUAUCUUGCAGAUGGUAUCUAUCCUGAAUGGCCUGUAUUCGUCAAAACCAUUCCUCGAGCAAACAUGCUAUCUGAGAAAAGAAAAUUAUUUUCUCAACAUCAAGAAGGUGCAAGUAAAGAUAUAGAACGAGCUUUCAGGGUGUUCCAGAAGAUAUUCGCGAUUGUUUGCAACCCGAUUCAAAAUGGAGCACUGUUUUCUUCUACAAUCUUACCGGCUUAUAUUGAUGUAUUCAUUUAG